AUGGGUCAGGGACAGUCUGGCAUGGGAGGCCAGGAUGGUCGGGAUGACAAGGAUAAGAAGAAGGAUAAGCCAAAGUACGAGCCACCUCCACGACCUACGACCCGAGUCGGCCGCAAGAAGAAGAAGGCUGGCGGCACCAGCGCUGCCGCCAAGCUCCCUGCCGUAUACCCCAGCAGCAGAUGCAAGCUCCGUCUACUCCGCAUGCAGCGAAUUCACGACCACCUCCUGCUUGAAGAGGAGUACGUCGAGAACCAGGAGCGCCUUCGCAAGGCCAAGGCGGCCAAGGAGGGACAGACUUCAGGAGCCGAUGCGGAUAACGACCGCCUAGCAGACGAGCGUGGCCGAGUCGACGAUAUGCGUGGCAGCCCCAUGGGAGUUGGAACGCUGGAGGAGCUGAUUGACGACGACCACGCUAUCGUCAGUAGCACCACCGGUCCGGAGUACUACGUCAGCAUCAUGAGCUUCGUGGACAAGGACCUCCUUGAGCCCGGUGCCAGUGUCUUGCUUCAUCAUAAGAUAAUCAGCAUUGUCGGUGUUCUGACUGAUGACACUGAUCCGAUUGUGAGCGUAAUGAAGCUUGACAAAGCUCCCACAGAGUCAUAUGCCGAUAUUGGAGGUCUGGAAACACAAAUUCAAGAAGUCAGAGAAUCCGUGGAGCUGCCGCUGCUUCACCCAGAACUUUACGAAGAAAUGGGAAUCAAGCCUCCCAAGGGUGUCAUCCUGUACGGUGCGCCCGGUACCGGAAAGACGCUGCUUGCCAAGGCCGUGGCCAACCAAACAUCUGCCACGUUCUUGCGUAUUGUGGGCAGUGAGCUUAUUCAGAAGUACCUUGGUGACGGUCCACGGCUGGUGCGACAGCUCUUCCAGGUCGCUGGCGAAAACGCCCCGUCUAUUGUUUUCAUCGAUGAAAUCGACGCGAUCGGUACGAAGCGAUACGAUUCGACGUCAGGUGGUGAGCGUGAAGUCCAGCGAACUAUGCUUGAACUGCUCAACCAGCUCGACGGUUUCGACGACCGCGGCGACGUCAAGGUUAUCAUGGCAACCAACAAGAUUGAGACUCUGGACCCUGCCCUGAUCCGACCCGGACGUAUCGACCGAAAGAUCCUGUUUGAAAAUCCCGACCAGAACACGAAGCGCAAGAUUUUCACGCUGCAUACAUCCAAGAUGAAUCUCAGUGAAGAUGUGGAGCUGGAGGAGUUCAUCUCGCAAAAGGACGAUCUGUCCGGUGCUGAUAUCAAGGCCAUUUGCUCUGAAGCCGGUAUGUUGGCUCUGCGGGAGCGAAGAAUGCGUGUCCAGAUGGCCGAUUUCCGAUCGGCGCGCGAGCGUGUUCUGCGCACGAAGCAGGAGGGCGAGCCCGAAGGCUUGUAUCUGUAG